AUGCCUCUGUCGUGGCUGUCAUUUGCCAGCGCGGCGAUCCUUCUCCAGUCGAGAGGCGUAGAAGCAGAUCUCCAGAUCGCCCGAUCGGACCUGAAUACCACGAAGCUGCACCUGAUGACCUUUAUGUUCAACAUGCACAGGCACUUCGCGUACCUGCAGGUUUCUGCAGAGGCCAAUCAGAUGUUUCCACACGUGCUUGGUCUCGGCAAGGCCAAUUCCUGGGGCACGAUGGAAAAAGCAAACGCGAUGCGGACCUUUGCUUUCUCGCAGAAUGACCAGGAUGUCAUGAUUUUUGCCGACGCCUUUGAUUCUCUGGUUCUCGGCGGUCGGCCUGAAAUACUCCGAAAGUUUGAGGAGCUUGAAAGCGAGUCUGGGCGCAGCAUCGUCAUCGGUGCUGAGGAAAUCUGCUUUCCAGACUCGGAGAACUUCCCUGAGAUGACACCCCCGGCGAAGCACCGCUGGCGCUAUCUGAACAGUGGUGUGCUUGUGGGUCGUGUGCAUGCCUUCAAGAAGAUGCUGCCGGAGCCCAUACACGAAAACGUGCUUGAUCAAGUGUGGUUCCAAAGAUACCGCAGAGACAAUCCGGACAAAAUUCUUCUGGACACUGAGUGCAAGCUAAUCUGCAAUAUACUGAGCCUGCAGGAGGACGGUGUUGACGUGGAGGGCAGUCGGCUACAUGUGAGGCCCACCGGCACAGCGCCCGCACUGGUCCACUUUCCGGGCUUCGGCCAUCGCACCAGAUGGGUCGAUGGACGGCCUACGUCUUCCUUGCAGGAUGCGUUCCAGAAGAUUUUUCCGCAGGAGUCUGCCUACCUGAUGGAGGGAUGGUGGUUUGGCGUCCAGGUAGAGGCAACUCACGACCUCAAAAUCUACGAGGGCCCGGGAUGGUGGCUCCUCUUUGCCUCUGUGCUAUGCCUCCAGUGCAACGUAGGAGGAACAGUCUCCGAUGACUGCGCAUCCCUGCGACAUAGCGAGUUCUGUUUCUGGCUAAACCUUCGAUGGUUCCUCCUGCUGCUGGCCCUGGCCUUCUGCGUGCUCCUCUGCCUGUCGGGCCGGCAGGGAGGUGGUUGCCCUCAACGGUGCCAGGCGUGGUGGCCAAAGAAGAAGCCGGCCGUUUGGGAGGCAUAA